AAAAGUCUUACGUCGACGAUACUGCGCGCUGUGUGGAAUACGAUAGGCGCCGUAAAUUCCGUCGUUGUCUUCGCCCCUCGUGUGGCGCCGGCAUCCUUCACGAUGGCUCUGCUGCGUAACGUCCUCAUAUUCACCUUUUCAGUGUCAUUUGUGACAUUCGUCGCCUUCUUCGGGCGUUUACCAAUUUUCAGAAAAACACCCAUUGGCUGGAUCCACCUCAUUCUCUUCGUCCGCAUUCCGUCUCUAUUUGCGAAAUUCGACAGCUACUUCACAAACGGGCGAAUAGCUUCAACGUUCUCUCGCUUGGGUAACUACCUAAUCAACGAGAAGCACCCUUUGGUCAUCAUCUUCUUCCUUGGACUGGUCUCCAUCAGUGCUGCCUUAUUUCUCCCAGCAACAUGGCCCCUUCUGCCCCUUCACCACAAACUCCUCAUUCCUCUACUCCUGCCCCUUCCUUAUCUCUUCACCUACCUCAGCGCCAAGAAGAAUAGUAAAACAUAUAUCACGCCCGCCAACCACUCGGAACAAAUGCGCCUCUACCCCUACGACCGUGUGCUCUUUUAUCCAGAGGUCACAUGUAAAACGUGCAACCUCCUCAAACCAGCUCGUAGCAAGCACUGCCGCAUCUGCAAAACGUGCGUCGCGCGUAUGGAUCACCACUGCAUUUGGGUGAACAACUGUCUUGGAAGAGGGAAUUACCGGUGGUUCCUGGCGCUGCUUCUAUCAACGGGCAUCUUGCUUGCAUAUGCCGCCUUUCUUGCGUAUAGCGUUAUUCAUCCCCGAGCAGAGAGGUACUAUGCGCAACAUGAGCGAUGGUACAGAUACAAGAAUCAGAAUCGUCUGGACGGGUGGGCUCGCUGGGGUGAUACGAAAUGGCACUAUCUUACCACCUACGCGUCGAUAUACAUCGAUGUCGGGGGUGUGCGAGCCUCAGGUGUAGGGUUGCUAGCGCUUCUGACUUGGCCGCUUCCGCUGGGACUGCUUGGCUAUCAUAUUUACCUGAUUUGGGCGGGAAUGACAACGAAUGAGAAUGCGAAGUGGGCAGAUUGGAGGGAUGAUAUGGCUGAUGGCUGCGUCUUCCUGGGUCACAGCAAGAAGGUCGAAAGGAUCCAAGCUGGAGAGGCUUUGGAACGGGGUGUAUAUGGAAAGAAGGAAGAGGAAAAAGAAGAUCCAGCGGAACCACGCACAUCCUGGCCGCUGGAGAGCCGUCAUGUGCUGAUACGGACCCUGAACGGACAACCGCCGACGAGACUUCCAGAGCGCAUACGCUGUGUGGCAGACGAGGACAGCUUUGAAAGAGUCUGGAAUAUCGGCGCCGUGGAGAAUGUCUAUGAUCUCGGAUUCUGGGAUAAUCUCAUGGAGGCAUUGAGAUAGCCCGCUGGGUUCGAGCAUCCGAACAACAUAUCCGACGACUCUCGAUAGUUGUGCCGAAACAUACCUCUCACCUAUGGCUUUGAAGAGCUACCUCAG